AUGGUAGCUCAAAUCGUAUCUGAGCACUUUAGCAUCGGCAUUGACAACACUACUGGAGCUAUUGUCAGCAUCUCCAAUCCCGGCUCGGAAGGAGACAUGAACUGGGUCAGCUCGCCUGACAACGCGCCAUGGCAACCUCUGGGAAGUCGCUGGGGCAUGGGAUACGUUGAUUUGGGCGCCGAUGUCUUGCAUAGAGCUUACUGGAAAAAUCCAUCCGUGGUCUGGAGCGAUGUUACGAGCGUCAUUUUAGAGUAUAAUCUAGGGCCUUUGCUCAUCAAAGUCUCCAGAAUUCUCAAGGAUGGCGGGAAAACAUUCCAUGAAUCAUACAGCUUCAACAAUGUGGGAACUGAAGACCUCAACUUGGAUGGCCCACAAGGGACUUCUAUUGCUAUAUUCACGCCGUUCAAUGACCACUACACCAAUACAGAGGACGCGCUUCAAAGGCGUGCACAUGCCCACGUCUGGGCUAACGGGGGUAGCAAUGCCUGGGUUAAGAUGACCCAAAUGGGUGGCCAUGGUCCGAAUCUGGGACUCGUGGUCACUAAAGGGUCGUUGCAUGGUUAUAGCAUCGAAUCUCGAGAUCGCAUCACUAUGUCGAACACCAGAGGUGUCUUUUUACUUCAUCCUAUAAUCGGUAAACUGGCCCCGAACGACCAAAAGACGAUCGGUUGGUCCAUGUUCUGGCACAACGAUUGGGGUGACUUCUUUGAGAAGUGCGCUGAACGUUCGAACCAGUUCAUCCACUUCCAUAUACGCUGCUACACUCUCGUAGGUGACGAAGUCGCUGCUCUGCAAAUGACCGGUGGUAUCAGUGAAAAGACUACUGUGAACGGUCAGAGCGUUGUUUGUGCAGGCAAGGGCCGUUACAUAGCGAAAAGCGACACCUGGAAGGGUUCUAUCGAGGUGAAAACCCCGGGCAUAGAACAUUCUGCAAAAGUCUACUUGAACAGAUUGGAAAGCGUCGAUGAACUUGUGGCAUCUCGGGUACGAUUUAUAAUAGAUAAGCAACAGGUCUAUGAUCCCGGAACCCCCCGCGAUGGCGCUUAUGCCGUAUACGAUAGCCAGGCUAAAGUCAUUUCUUCCUGGGACACCGAUAAUGACCGAAACCUGGGUCGGGAGCGUGUAGGGAUGGGUAUCUUGAUGGCCAGAUGGCUGAGAGAGCAUCCUGGCGACGGCAAAGCACGCAACUCCCUUGAAAAAUACUACAAGUUUGUGUGCGAAGAGUUGCAAGACCAGACUGGAUACGUGUUGAAUGGUCCCGGAAGCUGGGAAAAGCGGCUAUAUAACUGGCCAUGGAUAAUGCAGCUACAUAUCGCAGUAGCGCUAACGGACCUCGACACCACUGGUGUAAAUGGAGGUGAAUCUCCCUUGGAAAGGUUCGAGAAGACCAUGGAGAGUUUCUAUCAUGAAGGCGGUAGGGAUCUCUAUCCCAUUGGCCUUCCGGUGCUUGAGUCUCUAAGUUAUCUCCAAAAUUUCGGCACAAAUAAUCUUCUUGAGCGUGCCAGGAAACUGUUCUUGGAUCAUGGUCAAAGAAUACUAGAAAGGGGAGUCGACUAUCCUCCUUUUGAAGUCAAUUUUGAGCAGUCUAUCGUUGCACCCGCCGCCAUCGUGCUGCUCGAGCUCUACCGGUUUACCAAAGAACCGAAGUGGCUGGAUGGAGCAGAGCUCCAGAUGAAAAUUCUACUACGCUUCCAAGGGAAGCAGCCUGACUAUCGUCUGCAUGAUAUCGCAAUCCGCCACUGGGACGGGUACUGGUUUGGAAAGGAUCGAAUGUGGGGAGACACUCUUCCUCAUUAUUGGAGUACGCUAGAUGCUGUCGCAUUACAUCACUAUAGUUACGCCAAAGCUGAUCAGGCAUCCAAGAACAGGGCUGGCGGGAUCAUCUUGGGAAACCUGGCAUUGUUUUCUCCAGAUGGAAGUGCGAGUUGCGCCUGGAUUUAUCCAUUGUCUGUCAAUGGUCGAACUGGCCACUACAAAGAUCCGUAUGCUAAUGAUCAAGACUGGGCCCUCAGUCACCUGCUGUAUCUCAAGCAAGACGAUGAAUACGGUCAAAAAGGGCAUGAAUAG